AUGUCAAUUGGGCAAAAGUCCAUUAGAAUCACAUCAGGAGUUUCUCAAGGCUCGAUUCUUGCUCCAACGCUUUGGAAUGGAAUGUACAACGGUGUGUUAAAGCUGCCUAAAAGUUUUGAGAUUGUCGGUUUCGCGGUCGAGGUAGUACUAACAGUCACAUGUAAGUCGCUGGAUGAGGUGGAAAUGCUGGCGACCGAUGCCAUAGUCAUUAUAUCAAACGGGAUGCAUGAAGUGAAACUUCUGUUAGCUCACCACAAGACGGAAGUACUAGAGAUUGUUAACCGUAAAGCAGUGAAGCAGGCACAAAUCACAAUCGAAGAUCAUGUCAUAAUCUCGCAACGGAGAAAUAUCUGGGAACUCGUUUCGGCCAUUGGCGAUACAUACGGAGCGGCUCUUCUGCUGCACAUGUUAACCUCGACCAUCAAGCUGACUCUGCUGGCCUAUCAGGCGACGAAAAUCGAUGGACUCAACGUGUACGGACUGACCGUUAUCGGCUAUUUGGUGUACGCCCUCGCUCAGGUGUUCCUGUUUUGCAUCUUCGGCAAUCGACUGAUUGAAGAGAGUUCAUCAGUGAUGGAGGCCGCCUACUCAUGCCAUUGGUACGACGGUUCAGAAGAAGCCAAAACAUUCGUGCAGAUCGUUUGUCAACAGUGCCAGAAAGCGAUGACCAUUUCGGGGGCUAAGUUUUUCACCGUUUCAUUAGAUCUAUUCGCUUCGGUUCUAGGAGCAGUUGUCACCUAUUUCAUGGUGUUGGUGCAGCUGAAGUAA